AUGUAUCCUUCCUGGUCCAAGGUCGCUCUGGCAGGUCUCGUUGCCUCAGCUUCAGCCCAGACAUACAGCGAGUGCAACCCUAUGAAGAAGACAUGCGAUCCUAACGCUGGACUUGCUGCUUCUUCAUACACGAUCGAUUUCACCAAGGGCGCUGACGACGACAACUGGAAGAAUGUUGGCCAUGGCGAUGUCGAAUACACCUCCGAGGGUGCUGAGUUCUCUGUCUCCAAGAAGAACACCUCGCCGACGAUCCAGAGCAACUGGUACAUGUUCUUUGGCCGCUUGGAGGUUCACAUGAAGGCCGCGCCUGGCCAGGGUAUUGUCUCGUCUAUCGUGUUUCUUUCAGAUGUUCUCGACGAGGUGGACUGGGAGUUUCUCGGUGGCCGGGACGCAGAGGUUCAGACCAACUACUACGGCAAAGCGAGCACCGACAACACACAGAGCAUGACCUUCGCAGCCCCCAACAACCAAGCCGAGUUCCACAACUACACCGUCCACUGGACCCCAGAGUCCAUCGAGUGGUACGUCAACGACGUUGCUGUCCGAACACUCAAGUACUCCGAUGCCGACGGUGGAGAGACCUUCCCCCAGACUCCCAUGCGUGUCAAGCUUGGUAUCUGGGCCGGCGGUGACCCUGAUAAUGCGGAAGGCACGAUCGAAUGGGCGGGCGGGGAGACAGACUACGAUGGUGUUCCUUACACAAUGACAGUCCAGAAGAUCAAGAUCGAGAACCUCAACCCUGCCGAGAGCUACACCUACAGCGACGACUCAGGAUCCUACAAGAGCAUUAAAUUCGACAAGAAGGACAACGGAGGCAGCAGCGACGACGAUGAAGAUGACGAUGAUGAGGAGUCAUCAACAUCUUCCGAGGCUGCUUCUAAGACUGCCUCAUCAACCGCCAGCGAGACAACCAUGCAGACCGCUACCAAGACCGACUCCAGCUCCGACUCCGAGUCAGCAACCGCAUCUUCUGACGAGGCCAGCGAGACAGACUUCAAGAACAACAAGGCUGCCGAGUCAACUGGCGCGAGUGCUACAUCCACAGAGACCAGUGCUUCGGCUACUGCUACCGAGACAAACGGCGCUGCUGGAAACUGGCCCAAGAUGUGGCUGGGUCUGGCUGCUAUUUGUGCUGCUAUGGUCAUGAUGUAG